ACGAAGUGUCCCCAGCUAGGUCUUCUCAGACUUCCUGAAAUUCUCCACAGUGUGAGUUACUGCAUGACACUGAUAGAAAGGAUCCUCAGUCUGAAGGCUCAGGGUCCCAGGGAAAGGCAAAGUGGGGCAUGCCCCUUGGUUCACUGCUGCUAGAAGCCUUGGAAGUUCCUCCAAGAUUCACAGCGAGAGGCCUGCUGGUCUUCCCCGUACUGGAAAAGAGGACUCGUUCUCACACUGGCAGAAAAGACCCCCACUGGUGAAGCAAGGGAUCAAGCUAGUCCUGAAGAUCAUGAACCUGUCUUCUGAGCACUGCAACAUAUCAGACUGGCUGAGGCUGGAAGCUACAGUGAAGGCCUCCAUAUAUGUGGUUGCAUUCUCCUUUGCCACAUUUAUCACCGUCAUCAUUAUUGUCAUAGUGUCACAGAGUGUGAAGCUGAGGAGGGAGGUCCGAUACAUCCUCUUCUGCCAUCAUUUGCUGUGCAUCAGCUCCUACUGUGGCCUGGGGAUGGUUUUCCACGGAAUGCGGGCCCUGCAGGCCCACAGUCCCCUGCUGAUCUGCUGGGUGGUGUUCGGGGUGCAGCUGAGUGUUGGCGAUGGGAUCCUCUCCAUUCUGGCCUUGAUGGCCCUCAACACUUACGUGAUGAUUUGCUGGCCUCUGACAUCUCUGACCUUUGUAGAUUCCGUUAAGUAUAAGGUUCUGGCCGGGACGUGGGCCGCCAUUAUCCUCAAGAAUAUUUGCUUAUUCUUUGUGGAGGGCACUGACCUCACCCCGGUUGCUGUUUUUAAAUCGGAGCCCCUUUGCCCCGUCAUUUUGAACAGCUGGCGUGCCAGAGCCGUUGGCAUGGUUUUCAUUUUGCUUCUUUUGUCCGUCAUUCUAGUAAGUUACUCUCUGAUAUACCAAGAAGGGAAACGGGCUGGCCAUUUUAAUGGGUCAAAUAUCAAAGCAAGGAAAACCGUCCUUGUUCACUUAGUGCAGAUAAGCUUACAUAUAGUACCCGUCCUGAUCUUCAUAGGUCUGGGGAAGGUGUGUGGAGUGUUCUUCUUGGCUUUAAAUCUGGUGUGUUUUGGCGUCUUUGCAUUUGCCCAGUGUUUCAACCCUCUGAUUUACGGGCUCUGGAAUAAAGAACUGAAAAGCAGAUUACACCAUUGGGUGUACUGUCGGCUGGGGUGGGGCCACCCGGUGAACAGCAGAGAGCCUGUUUAAAUAAAAACCCAGUCACUUUCAUUUUGAAUCAAUAACCUUCGUUCUUCAGGACUCAUCAAUUAGGGAUGAGGACCUGCCUUUUACUCAGCCUAAAAUUGGUGCCUGAUUUAAUUUCGUAAGUAAUCUGAGUAAGUCAGAGUAAUGUGUUUGGCUUACGAAUUUCCGUGCCGUGUGUGCUGAAUUGGCCUCAGUGAAAUCAUUUUAAUGUCUUCAAUUCUAAACCCAGAUCAGCAUUUUUGACAACAUGCUUUACCCCGUUGGAAGAGGUAGGCAGCUUUUGAACAUGUCCGUAUUUUUAGAAACCAAGAAACAGUCCAUGGUAGAUGUGGAGAGAAGGCUGUCCCCUCAUAUUAAUUAGGGGUAGAUUUGGCUGCGAAUAAUAACAAAAUCAGCAAUAAAAUAACAGUGACUUUAAAAGGUAAAGAUUAAGGGUUUUUGCUGUGUAAAGAAAUCUGCGACUGCACAAUCCAGGCUUAGGUGGCAGUCUGCAGUCAACGAGCUCAUUCUCUUGUUUGUUGCCAUGACUGGUUGCUACCUCAUGACCUAACAUGGCUGCUAAUGCUCCUGUCAUCAGUGCACACUCCAGCCAACAGGAAGGAGGAAGGAGCAACGAAGGGUCUGCACCCUGCUUCUAAGGACAUUUUCGAGAAGUUAUA